AUGGCCCAAACCCAUGAGAACGUCAUGUUUAACCCUUCUUCGCCUCACUCCUCUGUCGGCGCUGCCGAUUCCUUCAAGGGAACACCUGACACAAGGUUGACCGCCUUCUCCCCAGAGGAAAGCGCCACGAGGUCCUCUCGUCUUCUCAAAUCAAUUGUGCAAGCCUCGCCAGAGACCACUCCCUCGAGAUUUCCCUCGAGUGCCUUUGGCAAUGUCUUGUCUAGUGCCGAGAAGGACCCUUUCAUCACUACAAGUUCAAACACUUGCCAUCAGAAGCUGUCGCCGACUGCCUCUACUUUCCAGCCCUUCUCUUCACCGCUGGACAAGAACGCUGAAUUCGCAAUUCUCGACAGAGACAGGCAAUCAGCUUCCAGCGUCUUUCCAACUGGAGUUAGGGAUGUUGGUGAACUCUCGGAAUGUCUCAUAAUCGGCUCCAAAAACCGAAACAUUGGCAUCACCGAUCUGAAUACUUGUCUCGUGAAACUCCAGCGACUUGGUCUCUCACUCCAAGAACCGCGACAGAUCUUCCACAGGGGAGGGCGAAUCUCCGUCCAAUUCAGCGACAUUCGUGACGCCGUUUUGGUCCACGACAACGUUUAUCGAGUCGAGGCUGACUUUGAAAUCGACUAUCUGUCAAAUGUUGACUUUUCAGAGCUUGCCAUUAGGAACAGAGUCAAGUCUGGAGCUUGGGUCGCCAUUGUUGCCCUAGCUAUUCCUCCCUGUCCACUCGACGUUAUCCGCACCGAAGCAGUUCUCAAGCGCAUGCUGCAGUCGCGGGGCCAACUCUCGGCAUACCAUGCUCAGCAGAAGAAUGAUCCUUCGGUAUACAGAGCUAUCAUUCAGUUCAGUGACCAGGCAGAAGCUGCCACAGCCGUGGUUAUGUUCAACAACAUAAUUGUCGAAGUAAGCUCAUCGAGCGCUGGCAAACUACACGGGGACAACGUUGGAAGUGAGCUAAUCAUUUUCAAGGGGAUCCACAUCACCCUGUCGCUUUUGGACGAAAACGAGAUUCCUCAUGCGGCUCAAGAUCCCCAAGACGGUCCGACCGACGACCACAGCCCAACCACGCCUAGGCACGAUCUGACAAGUGCCCUUCAUGCACUUUCUCUCUCCAAUCAAGCUAAUUCGAUGCCUCUCAUGCCUCAGGGAGUGUCCAUACCCGUGCCUGGAUCUCCAUACCCCCCUCUCGGUAUCCAGGUUUCCCCUCUGGCGAUGUGGCCCAUCUUGUGCCAGCCGCAGUUUCAGCCAGGUACAGCAUACGUUCUGAAUGAUGGCCAGCGCCUCUCGCCGCCUACGUCUACAUCCGACUCAGCGAGGUAUCAGUUCACGAACCAUCUUUUCUCACAGCCUUCACCGAGCAUGCCAAUGAUGGGAUCGAUGUCUCCUGGCACCAGAGCCGAGCCCCGAAGGCAGAAUGCAGCCAGAGUCAACAGAUCACCCUAUUAUAAUGUUGCUAGCCACCACAACCACGUCGAUGUGAACCGCAUCCGUGAAGGAACAGAUGUUCGCACCACGGUAAGUGAUGUGUUGGUGUUGUUAGAUACUCAGACUGACAAUGCUGAGAUCAUGCUUCGCAACAUUCCGAACAAAGUAGAUCAAGCAAUGCUCAAGCGGAUCGUUGAUGAAUCUAGCUGGGGCAAGUAUGACUUCAUGUAUCUCCGGAUUGAUUUCGCCAAUGACUGCAAUGUCGGAUACGCUUUUAUCAAUUUCGUGGAUCCGUUGGACAUCAUUGAUUUCGUCAAUACCAGAGGUAACCAGAGAUGGAACUGUUUCAAGAGCGACAAGGUCGCUGAAAUUUCCUAUGCUACCAUUCAGGGCAAGGAUUGUCUUGUCCAGAAGUUCAGAAACAGCUCCGUAAUGCUCGAAGCAACGCAUUAUCGUCCCAAGCUGUUCUACACUUGCAAUGGGCCCGUCCCAGAGCUCGCGGGAGAGGAGGAGUCUUUUCCAGAGCCAGACAACCAGUCGAAGAUGAAACGAAGCUGCGAAAAUGCAGAACACGUUGGGCUUUUCACACCCAACGCUGGACAGCAUUUCCGCGACGAGCAACGCCGCAGACGCUCGCAGUAUGACCGAGGUACCAGAUUGGCCGCCCUCGAAGAACAUGACUUCGAAGCAUCUAUGCAGCCAUACAUGUAUCAUGCUUAA